AUGCGUCAGUCGCGUGACCUUGGUGUUACGCCCCUGAAGGCGUCUUCACUCUGUUUGUCCAAGCCCUGUCAAAAUGGUGCCACGUGUAGAGAUGGCCCUACAGACUUCCUCUGCCGGUGUCCAUCUAUAGGUCCUGCCUUUGCCAACUCACACUGCAGCUCCUCCAAUGCCCUAUGCCACGUUCCCGUCUGUCAUGACAACGCAACAUGCCAACUUACUAACGCCUACUCUCAGGAACUGGCGUGCCACUGCACGCUGGACGAAUCUGGACACAUCUGCCAAUCCCAAGUCCAGCUCUGUGCCAAGAGGCAUUGUGGGGAAGAGGUCUGGUGCAAACCGCUGUUAGAACCGUCCGAGCCAGGCUACGUGUGUGUAUGCCGUCCCGGUUACAAGGGGGCUCUGUGUGAGGAGGAGGUCGACCAUUGCACUCCAAAUCCAUGCCAGAACGGAGCCCUUUGCCGUAGCCAAGACGACGGUCCCACCUGCUUCUGCGUGCCGGGUUUCCAGGGUGCGCGUUGUGAUAUUGAGGUGGACGAAUGCAUCUCACGGCCCUGUCAGAACGGAGCCACCUGUGUUAAUAAGAUCGGCCACUACUCCUGUCUGUGCAGUCCGGGAUACACAGGUGCCAGCUGCGAGACUGAAAUUGACGAGUGUCAAUCACAACCCUGCCUCCACGGGGGCAGUUGCCGUGACAACGUGAACGGCUUCUCCUGCACGUGUGCGGCGGGUUUCCAAGGAGACCGCUGUGGAAUUAACAUUGAUGAGUGCUGGAGCCAGCCAUGCCAAAAUGGAGCAACAUGUAUUGAUGGCAUUAAUAGUUACGCCUGUAACUGCGCUGAGACGGGCUUUAUUGGAGUCCAUUGUGAGGAGCCCAUUCCCCCAUGCUACUUUCAGCCAUGCCUCAACAGUGCCAUCUGUCAGGACAAGGAUGGGAACUACACUUGCAAAUGCUGGCCAGGGUUUGCGGGCAGUCACUGUGAAGUGGACGUGGAUGAGUGUGCCAGCAGCCCCUGUCUCCGUGGAGGCACCUGUAUGGAACUCUCCCAGCCUGGGCUUUAUGGCAUCGAGCCCCUGUUCCCACCCCACUACGACCCCAGUCAUGUCGCGGGCUUCAUAUGCAAAUGUCAGCCAGGACACACGGGAGUACUUUGUGAAGAAGAUGUGAUUGAAUGUGAAAAGGGUCCAUGCCAGAAUGGGGGCGUAUGUGAGGACACCCAGCGUGGCUAUAUCUGCCACUGCCCUCCGCAGAGCCAAAAUGGAGUCCUGUACGGAGGUCGCAACUGCACGGAGCGGCUUCUGGGCUGUGAGGGGCACGAGUGUCAAAAUGAGGCAACCUGUGUGCCUUUCCUCAGCGAGGGUCUCCACGGUUACAGCUGCUCCUGCCGGCCGGGCUUCGCCGGCUCGCGCUGCCAAAUGUCCACCACUUUCUCCUUUGAGUCACCUGGCAGCUACCUGCAGCUCCGGACGCCCCUGCUGGACGUGGAGGCGUCCUCCAACAUCACGCUGAGCUUCAGGACUGUGCUGCCCAGCGCCAUGCUCUUCCAACGGGGCAGUGACGGGGGAGCUCUCCUCAGCUUAGAGCUUUUAGAUGGACGCUUGCACCUCAGCUUGAGCAUAGAGGACAGCACCACCUCUGACAGGCACAGCUGGGCUGUUGACCUGCCCCACAAUGUGACAGAUGGGGAGUGGCACGCGGUGGAGGCCGUGCUGGAUGACGGGGUUCUGGCUCUCCGCCUCUUGAGACCCUGCGAGGGGGAGUGGUGCCAGAGCUUGACUGAGGUGGAAAGCAGUUCUACGGGGAUGGAGCCUACCCUGCAGAGUACGUUUAUUGGAGGUUUGGCGGAGGGAGACGGCCCCUCGAAAUUUGGCUCGACGUUCAUUGGCUGCCUGAGGGACCUGUUUGUGGACUCACAGUUGAUGGUGCCUGAGGAUUGGCUGAGCAGCUCAGCGGUGAAUGUGACUCGUGGAUGCAACCAUUGGGACCGGUGCCUGGAAAACCCCUGUGAGAACAGAGGGCACUGCAUCAACCUGUGGCAGGGAUAUCAAUGCAAGUGCCAGAGGCCAUACGUGGGGCAGAACUGCUCAGAUGAGUAUGUGACCGCCAGGUUUGGCAAUGGAGACUCACAGAGCUAUGCUGUGUUCACUGUCAGUGGGGAGACAGAGCAGGACAUGAGGCUGUCCAUGUUUGUACGCACACGCAGGCAGACCGGUCUCUUGCUGGUUCUGGCUAAUGCCACCAGCCAGUACCUACGCAUGUGGCUGGAUCAAGGGCGUGUCGUCGUGCAGGUCAACAACUUUGAGGCGAUCCGGGGAGAAAGCUCGAUCGACGACGGCGACAUUCACUUUGUCAGCGUGACCGUCGAGCAGAACCAGAUGACCCUGUCGGAAUCGGAUCGCCGGGCCGGGCCGGUGGACGUCCGAUCGGUCCACGUUCAAGAUGGGGACGCGGUCUACGUCGGGGGUCUUGUGGAGCCUAAGGCCGCCGCCGCUUUCGGGGGUUACUUCAAGGGCUGUAUCCAGGAUUUGCGGCUUAACGAUAGGAAUCUGGAGUUCUUCCCGCUGGGCGUUUCGGGGAGUACGCACCCCCCGCAGCGCAUGGCCAAUGUCACGCGUGGCUGCACUGGAGAUAACUCCUGUAUGAAAAACCCGUGUGAGAAUGGAGGAAUGUGUUACGCAGUGUGGGAUGACUUCACCUGUGUGUGCCCACCUAACACUGCGGGACGUCGAUGUGAGGAGGUCAAAUGGUGUGAACUCAUGCCAUGCCCACCAGAGGCGACAUGCCACACCAUCGACCAUGGUUAUGAAUGCAUUUCCAAUGCCACCUUUCUGGAUGAAGAAAUGGUGUCCUAUCGUGGGAAUGGCUACAUCUCACGCAACCUCAGCAAAAUUUCUUUCACCAUUCGUACCCGCAGACCCAAUGCAGCUGUGCUGCAUGCAGAGAAAGGUCUCGACUUUGUGACGGUGUCCGUACAGGAGGGCCUGCUCCACCUGGAGAUGCAGAGCGGAACAGCCUCCGCCCCUCUGAAACUGCACAGUCAGAGAUUUAUAGCUGAUGGAGAAUGGCACAGUGUGGAGCUCUUCAUGUCCAAGGCCUGGGCCAGUACCUCCACCUGGACCAUGAGUCUGGAUGGGAUGGAACCGGUCAUCUCUGAGGAAGAUUCUGGCAAUCUGGACUUUUUAAGGGAGGGAGCGGAUAUUUUUCUAGGGGGACUGGGCCCGGAGGCGGGCUGGAAUCUGAUUGGUUGUCUGGGAACCGUGGAGAUUGGAGGAAUCGCGUUGCCUUACUACAGCAACUCAGAGGUGAAGCUGCCUCGCACUCAGGUGGAGCAGUUUCUGAGGAUGUCGCCCGGCCUCGUGCAGAGCGGCUGCCGCGGGGCCGACGUGUGCCGGCCCGACCCCUGCCUGAAUUUGGGCGAAUGCUACGACCUCUUCAACGCGUUUAACUGCACCUGCCCCUCUGGCCUGGCCGGCCCGCGGUGCGAGCUCACCUCUGACACGUGUGCCUCCAACCCGUGCAUCCAUGGCAACUGCACCAGCGUAACUCUGGCCUAUGAAUGCGUGUGUGAGGUUGGUUACACGGGCACCAACUGUGAGGUGGAGGUGGACACCUGUCAUAAUCAUAAAUGUGUAAACGGGGGCACCUGCCUCCGCGGUAUUAACCAGUACUCUUGCCUCUGCGCUGAAAAUUUCACAGGACCUUACUGCAACAAUGAGAUCGAAGAAAUUCCGUGGUACAUCACUGUCAAGGACGUGGUGCCCAAACUCCCGGUUUCCGUCUGCGGGGAUGAGCACCACAGCUACACCUGCUUUAACGGGGGGAACUGCACUGAGACAGACCUGACCUGCAACUGCAUGCCUGGGUUCACUGGUCAUCGGUGUGAACAGGACGUGGACGAGUGCAAGUCCAACCCCUGUCUGAACGGUGGUUACUGCCGCAACAUGGUCAACAAAUUCCACUGCGUGUGUGACAUGAGCUACGCCGGCGAGACCUGUCAAAUCGACCUAAACGCAGAGAGUGUGGCCUCGGACCUUCUGCUGUCGGUGAGCCUCGUGUCUGUGGUUCUGCUCUUGGUACUGUUUGCAUCGGCCACGGCGCUGGUGAUGGCGCUCAACCGCAGGGCUACUCACGGGACCUACAGCCCCAGCCGCCAGGAGAAAGAGGGUUCUCGCGUGGAGAUGUGGAACAUCGUUCAGCCUCCGCCAAUGGAGAGGCUGAUCUGA